CAAAACCGCGCAACAUAAUAUGCUUGAAAUUUCUAUUAGAAAAGCUAUCAAUAAGCUCACAAACAAGCUUGCCAGCAGUGUGAACUAAUGUGAGGCCUUGCUUAAUAUGUUUGUGAAGUUCGAUCCCAAAAAGCCUUUUGGAAAGUUAGAUCGAAUGAAGUUUCGCGAAAUACUACAUCAUACAUUUAAGAUGACAGACGAUGUUAUGAUUGACAGAAGUUUGUGUGAUGUUUGUUAUCAUCGCUUCAGUUUUUCGUGUUUUUGAUAGAGAUCUUGACGGUGGUGUUAAUGCUCAAGAAUGGGUUAUGGGUCUCUCAACAUUUCUCAGAGGAACACUGUUAGAAAAAACCAAAUUUGCUUUUGAAGUCUACGACCUCAACAGUGACGGUCGUAUAACCAGGGAGGAAAUGUUCCAAUUAUUGAAGUACUCACUCAUAAAACAACCAACAGACGAAGAUCCUGAUGAAGGAGUCAGAGAAUUAGUAGAAAUCACAUUUAAACGAUUGGAUGUGGAUCAUGAUGGAAGAUUGAAUUUUACCGAUUUUCAACAAGCUGUUGAAGAUAAUGCACUACUGUUAGAAAUUUUAGGACAAUGUUUUCCAGAUGAAGAGGUGACAACAGCAUUCUUGUCAACAUUCCAAGAAAUUGAGAUACCAGAAUCUGUUUACUACAUAAAACCGGCGAAAUCAUUUAUGAGUUCUACAGCUGCUUGAUGAAUUAUGCAACACGUCAUCCAUAUUAUUGUUGUUAUUAUUAUUAUUUGACAUUUUUAUAUACAUAAAACCUAGUGAUUAUUGUAGAAUUUCUAAUUGAUCUUCCUCUUUGAUCAUUGAUUGAUCGAUUGACUUAUAUAAAUCAUGUCGAAU